UCCCCUCUCUCUCUCACACACACACACACACACACACACACACACACACACACUCACACACACACACACACACCGUCUGGAAGGAAUACAUCCACGCACACAUAUCGGCAUCCUCCCCGGUUUUGAACCGGUUCCCCCUCUCUUCGCCUCUCCAGCCGCGCCAUGUCGUCUGCUGUCACCGAGACGGAGGAGUCGACGCGCAGCUCCCCGCUGACGCCGCUGAAGCUGGUCGGGCUGGUGUGCGUCUUCCUGGCGCUCUGCCUGGAUGUGGGAGCCGUGAUGAGCCCGGCGUGGGUGACUGCCGACGACCAGUACUACCUGUCUCUGUGGCAAUCCUGCUGGAAGCCGACGAGCACCGAGAAAUGGCAGUGCAGCAGCACGCUGGGUUCAGACUGGCAGGUUGCUACGCUGGCCCUGUUGCUAGGGGGUGGAGCCCUGGUGCUGAUGUCAUUCCUGGUGGCUCUGGUUGCCGUGUGCAUCGGCACGAGACGGCGAUUCUACGCACCCGUCGCUUUCAUGCUCUUUGCUGCAGUUGUCCUCCAGGCUUGCAGCUUGGUCCUCUACCCCAUCAAGUUCAUCGAGAGCAUCAACCUGAGGAUCUACCACGAGUUCAACUGGGGCUACGGCCUGGCCUGGGGGGGGACCAUCUUCUCUUUCGGCGGGGGAAUACUCUACUGCCUCAACCCCAAGAACUAUGAGGAGUAUUACUAGGUCCCAUUCAAGCCGAGAACCCUACAUGCUGGGAGAGGUAUUGGAGGGACGAGUAGGUUUUGUUUUUUUUCUUUAAACGGCUCAAUUCCUAAGAACUGUAAAGAAUACUAUACACCGUAUCUGUACUGCCACAAGCUUCCGCUCUGGGGGAAAUUCAAGGGGUGAAGCAGGUGGUCGGGGGAUUUAUUUUCUUGCCUCAGUCAACGAAGUGUGAGCGCUGAGGCUGCAUAUUUGAACUUGCAGCCCGAACGGUACCAGGUUGGUCCCGGUUAGCAAUCGGGGAUUAGAAGGAGUCUUAAUAGUUUACUCCUUGGACACACCUGGGAGAAAUGACAACCCCACAGUAACAAAGGAUGGAGGUUUAUGGUAAUGAAGCCACCUCCGUUCUCUCUUCCCUGUGAACUAAGUUGCAACUCAACUUAUUGACUCUGUUACUUAGGAAACAGGAUGUCAGACUGGGAGGCUUUCCCCGCACGUUUAAGCACGAAUGCACAUGCAAAUGCACGUGUAUCUUCACCUGUCAACAUCAAAUCCUCUGGCUGGACUUCAAAAAAAUCUUUCCCCAGACUCCUGCUGCAUCAGUGCAUCAUUAACUCAGUCAGGAGGAGAGUCAGAGUCCUCUGGAGCACUUAAACUUUCACAAGGACAUGGAAGAGGAUCUGACGCUACAGUGUCGCUUUAUAACUUUUCAUAAGACAG